GACGGCGCUAUCGUCGCCAACAUGGCCACGUGCUAGACAUGUUUACGCGAACUGCGUCAUCUUUCGUAUUUUUCUUGCUCGUAUACCAAAGUGUUAGCCACAAGAUUACGGUGCCGAGUAUCGUCAUGUCAUGUGUGUGUGGUGACUGACAGUCAUUAACGUGCUCCUCGUGGGUAUGGCGAGUGCGGAUGCGCCUGUACCAAGGUGCACCUGCGACGUCAGGAAUUUGGCUACCUGUUCUACUGUCAAUCAGGAUAUACCCACGAGUAGAGUCGUAAGAAGUUACAGACCACAUGGAAGUCUUGCCAGGCUACUUUACGACAAACAAAAGGCAGACGAACAGCUUGAAGCAUACGACAAGACUCAGUGGUACAAAGUAGAUAGAACGAAGAUCCGGGAAGAUUUGCUCCGUUUAUGGAUUCCUCUUGGUGCAGGAUUCCACCAUGAUCAACCUGAUAAAACCGCCGAAAUCUUCCUAAUGAAAUCCAUUGAGAGGUCGGAUUCCUUACCAUUGCAAGCCUGGCAUUCUUUAGCAAGAUCUGCUUUAUCGUGGUUCAUCAGCCGCACUUCUAUAAAUGGGUUACUCGGUCGUGGUUCCAUGCAUGUCUUUUCUUGCGAACAAUUUCAAAAAUUGAUGGUGGCAAGCGGCUUUUUAGGACCAUGGCAUUCGUUGGUGGAUUUAGGGGCAGGCGACGGUGCCACCACUGCUCAUGUAGCUCAUCUCUUCGAAAAAGUUUAUGCUACAGACAUAUCAGCACCGAUGAGAUGGGCUCUAGCAAAAAGGAAGUUCACGGUGCUCGAUGUAGAAAAAUGGUACGAAAAUAGUCCCUUCAAUGUGAUUCUCUGUCUGAACUUAUUGGAUCGUUGCGAUCGACCUAACACUCUACUUCGCCGCCUAAAGUCAUCUUUAACUCCAGGUGGUCGUUUGGUCGUAGCUUUAGUUCUUCCAUUCAGUCCUUACGUAGAAGUUGGUGAAAGAGGUGACCACAAACCGUCAGAAUAUUUGCCAAUAAAAGGGAACGGUCUAGAAGGUCAAAUAGCUAGUCUCGUCGACAGAGUUUUCACACCAUUAAAUCUAAGAUGUCUAGCAUGGAGCAAACUGCCUUACCUCUGCGAAGGAGAUCUCGGUCAAGCAUAUUAUUUUCUUGACGACGUCGUAUUUGUUCUAGAAGCACAGCCAGAUAACUCACGAUACUCUGCUUCUGAAUGGAUGAAUACAGAACCAUCUGGAAGAAAAUGCUGUAACAUACUCGAACAACAGAGUGGUAAUGAACGAAACACAGUGAUACCAAUUACAAAAGUAGAAAAAAAUAUUCCAAAGAGCGUAAACAUGGCCUCGCGGUAUAAUCACGCUAUUCAGCGAGUUUUAGCAAAAUUAGAAGCAUCUAUAAAUUCGGAAAAUUAUUAUGAAGCUCAUCAAAUGUAUAGAACUUUAUACUUCAGAUAUCUUGGACAGAAAAAGUAUUCGGAACUUUUGGAAUUACUAUACAAUGGUUCUACACUUUUAUUACAGCACGAACAACAUGCAAGUGGAGCUGAUUUAGGAAUUUUAUUUGUAAAUGUUUUAACACAAUCAGGAACAGAACCUUCUCAAGAUUAUUUUGAAAAAAUUACAAACUUGUUUAGUAUAAUGAGUCCUUUAUCACCUGAAAGAGAUGUUUUUGUACAAUCUGCUCUUCGAUGGAGUAUAAAAAAUACAGAUUAUAAAAUAGGUCAUCCAGAUUUGCAUCAAAAGAUAGCACAAGUAUUUUGGAGAGAAAAAAAUUAUGUAAUGGCAAGACAACAUUUCAUAUAUAGUCGAGAUGGUUCUGGAUGUGCUGCAAUGCUUGUUGAGCUUCAUGAACAACGUGGUUACAAAAAUGAAAUAGAUCUUUUUAUAGCCCAGGCAGUUUUGCAAUAUCUCUGUUUACAAAAUAAAACAACUGCACAAGAAGUUUUCAAUUCUUAUACUUCACAACAUCCGAAAAUAAACAGAGGUCCACCAUAUCUUCUACCUUUAUUGAAUUUUUUAUUUUUUUUAUUAAAAAUAGUUGAUAGUGGUAAACUUGCUGUAUUCACAGUACUUUGUGAGCAAUAUCGAAUAUCUUUAAAUAGAGAUCCAUGUUAUCGACAGUACUUAGAUAAAAUAGGACAAUUAUUUUUUAAUGUUCCAUCCCCACGUCCUCGCAAUCAAGGAUUAUUUGGUACACUUUUACAAUCUUUUUUUAAUGGUCUUGAAGAUGAAGGUUCAGAUGAUGAACAAAGAAAUAUUGCUUCAACUUCACAAACAGCACAAGAGCUUGAUUGAUUAAAAGUUACACGUCACUGUGCAAUGUGAUGAAAGUAAAUAAUUAACUUAUAUAUGUGUAUAUAUAUAUAUGUGUGUGUGUUUGUGUAUGUAUGUAUAUAUAUACAUAUAUAUAUAUAUAUAUAUAUAUAUAUAUAUAUAUAUUUAUAGUAGUGUCCCAUAUAUUUUCAAUAUACACAUUAUGUUGAUCUUUUUAGAUCUUUAAAUAUAUUGAAAUUAAUUUUUUUAAAUGAUUUGUACAGAUAAACUUAUUUAAAAUAAAAAUAUGUGGGAUGCAUUUCUAGAGGAAUUUUUCAAAGUUAUAAGUUAGGAUUCAUCAAAAAAUGAACCUGCAGAGACAAAACUUUCAGGAAAAAUAGUGACUCAUAUAUAUCUUUCUUUCAUUCAUCGGUCUGUUUUAAUAUUAUAUUUGAAGAUUAUUUGAUAUAUUGAAACUGGGAUAAAACUUUCGAAUCAGACAUAUAGAAUCUUAUUAAAAUUAUUGUGAAAUUUAAAAGUAAACAUGAACUUUGAAUAAAAUCCUUGUACUAAUAAUAAUCUACAUAUAAUAAUGUAUGUUUAAAAAAAACAUGUAUUUGAGUAUAACUGCUGAAAUGAAGAUUUAUUUUAUAUAAAUUUAAUCGUAUGACAAAUAAACGUGACAUAACAUUUAUAGCUACAGAAAAGAGUGCUUAAUGAAAUUACUUGUUGCUGAAAUACUAAAUAAAUGGAGUGAAUCAUACGUAAGUAACUAUAGCAGCAAGUAAAAUAUUUAUUUAUUAAACUCUAUAUUAGUAUAAUUUAUAUCGUUUAAAAAUUUUAGCAAAAAAAAAAAUUCCUAUUUAAUUAUGAAAAUAAAAUGGCCAUAAUUCUAUAAUAAAGCACGUUUCUGUACUGAUAAAAAUAAUGUACAAUUGCUGUGUAUUGAAUUGAAAAAUAUAGAAAAAAAAUAUGAUCAAGAAUAUAAAUUUGUAAUAAGUAUAAACAUAUACAAACUUAUGUAUAUUCUUGUAGUACAUAUGUAGCAUACAAAAUAUUCUUUUAUUAUGAGAUUUAUUACAAUUUAUUUUUCCAUAAUUUAUCAACACAGCAAAUAUUGUACAAAUAUUUAAUGGUUUAGAUUUGUUACAAACACACCUGGUGUGUUAUUUUUAAAUUUUUAAACAAAAGUAAAUUAAAUUUUGUUAAUAAAUUAAAUUUCUCAAAUAUAUUAACAGAAGUGAUAUGUAAUUGUUUUCUAUAUUAAUAAUGAUAUAAUAUAUAUAUCAUAUUAUUUAAGAAUUUAUUAAAAUUUAUAUCGUACAAAUACCAUACAAAUAAUAUAUGGACAUAUUAUUCUUAUAUAUAAAAAAUUUAUCAUAAAACAAUAAAUUCAAAUAUAAAAUAUUGAAAUAUUACAGAUAUAUAAUAUAAUAGUAAACGAAAAUAACAUGCAAAUAGAAGAUUUGUGUUAUGUACAAUUAUAAUUUAAAACUUUUUAUUUUAAAUUUAUUUUAAAAAUAUUACUUAUGUACUUUAUAAAUAGAAUUCAUUGUUCAUAAUUUUGUGAGAUAUUUUAAUUAUUUAAUGCUAAAAAAACAUUUAAACUAAACAAGGAAUAUUAAUUCUAAUAACUAUUAUAAUUCUAAAUAAAUUUGUUUUUAAGCAAUAAUUGAAUAUAGAUAAUAUAGAUAAAUUAAUUAUAACAUUAUAUUGAUUGAUAUAAAUAUUAUUAUUAAUGCACGUUAAUUUAUAAUAAUUCAAAUGGAUUCUUAAUGGAUAAAUAAAUUAUGGCCGAUUGUUGAUUAAAACUAUAUAACAAACAAAGAAAUAUGAAAAUAAGAUUAAAUAUUAUAUAUAAGAUAUAUAUAAGUGGAUUUUGUGGGAUAGCUUCGGAAGAUUUAGAGGUCAAAACAAAAACACAAAAAAUACACAAAAUGUUAUUUGAAGCUUAUUUAUUGAGUUAUGAGCAAUUUAAAUUUACAUUAGAUAAAGUGAGACAGUUUUAUUUUUCUUUGUUUUUCUUCAUUUAACGUAAAUCUUAAUUGCUUAUAACAAUAAAUAAAUCUUAUCCGUCAUUUUUGUAUAAUAUUGUGUUUGAUAUAAUCUAUACAAUUCUUCAAAGAUGUCCCAUAAAUAUAUUAAUAUCUUAUAUAUAAUUAAAUUAUGAAUUAAUUUUCACUUAUAAUUGGUAAAAAAUGAAUAACAAAUAUUUCAAUGAUUAAUACAGCAAUAUAUUUAGAAUUUUAAACAAAAAAUUAUAUAAACAAAUUAUAAAUGAUAAAUUUCUUAUGUGUAAUGACACAAAAAAAAAUUUUAAUAUUUUUUUAUUUGUAUAAACUUGGAAUUAUAUUUUGAAAUUUUUUAAUUUGUUUUAAUAAUAAUUUUGCGAAUAAAUUUUCAUUUUACAUUUUACAAAAUUUAAUUUACAUAUAUAAAAAAUAUAUUUAGUUGCAAUAACAAGUGUACAAAGUUUUUAAAAAUCGUAAAAAGAAAAAAAGAAAUUUAUUAUAUUAUAUAAGUAAUGCAAUAUUGUAAUUCACAUAAUCUAAUAUUUUUUAAUUGUAAUUAAACAUUUUCUUGUAUUUAAUUUCUUAAUAUACUCAUAAUAAGCAUUUUUUAAAUAAUUUACAUCUGUAAAAAUAUUAUAUAUGUAUAUAACUACAUAUUUCACACAAAAUUCCUACAUACAUACGUUUGUAUAUCUUAUGAGUAAAAAGUGUUCAUAAAACAAA